CUGAGAAUAUUUGCAUGAUGAUUCGUCGACGGUGACAUUUAUUAUGGAUAUCUGCAGGUAUAAUAUAAAUAAAGUUCAAGCAUGAAUAGGAAUCGCAUAUGGCGUCAAGAAAUCAGAAUAAGAGGUCGUACAAGUUGGUAUCUCCGAACGGAAAUAACCAGUAGAACUCUGCAGUUAGGAACCAAAAAAAGUAUGAUGGGUGAAGAGCGGGAUACCUUAUUAUGGCAUUUGGCGUUUGCAAGUUCCUUUCACCUUCACCCAGUAUCGGUCUACAUCCAGCUACAAAACUGCCGCUUUCGGUAACGCUGUAUAAAGCAAUUUUAACACUAUAAAAAGGAAGUAGU